GAGGCUCGGCCCCCGAGGGCGCCGCCUACGCCGCGCCGCGCGGCUCCUCGCCCAAGCAGUCGCCCAGCCGCCUGGCCAAGUCCUACAGCACCAGCUCGCCCAUCAACAUCGUCGUGUCCUCGGCCGGCCUGUCCCCGAUCCGCGUGACCUCGCCCCCCACCGUGCAGUCCACCAUCUCCUCGUCGCCCAUCCACCAGCUGAGCUCCACCAUCGGCACGUACGCCACCCUGUCGCCCACCAAGCGCCUGGUCCACGCGUCCGAGCAGUACAGCAAGCACGCGCAGGAGCUGUAUGCCACGGCCACCCUCCAAAGGCCGGGCAGCCUGGCAGCUGGUUCCCGAGCCUCAUACAGCAGCCAGCAUGGCCACCUGGGCCCAGAGCUGCGGGCCCUGCAGUCCCCAGAGCACCACAUAGACCCCAUCUAUGAAGACCGCGUCUAUCAAAAGCCCCCUAUGAGGAGUCUCAGCCAGAGCCAGGGGGACCCUCUGCCACCAACACACACCGGCACCUACCGCACGAGCACAGCCCCAUCCUCCCCUGGUGUCGACUCCGUCCCCUUGCAGCGCACAGGCAGCCAGCAUGGCCCCCAGAACGCCGCCGCCGCUGCCUUCCAGAGGGCCAGCUACGCCGCCGGCCCGGCCUCCAACUACGCGGACCCCUACCGACAGCUGCAGUAUUGUCCCUCCGUUGAGUCUCCGUACAGCAAGUCCGGCCCUGCCCUCCCGCCCGAAGGCACCCUGGCCAGAUCCCCGUCCAUCGAUAGCAUCCAGAAGGACCCCAGAGAGUUUGGCUGGAGAGACCCAGAGCUGCCUGAAGUAAUUCAGAUGUUGCAACAUCAGUUUCCUUCGGUCCAGUCUAAUGCUGCAGCCUAUUUACAGCACCUCUGUUUUGGAGACAAUAAAAUUAAAGCUGAGAUACGGAGACAGGGAGGCAUCCAGCUCCUGGUGGACCUGCUGGACCAUCGGAUGACCGAAGUGCACCGUAGUGCCUGUGGAGCCCUGCGGAACUUGGUGUAUGGGAAGGCCAAUGACGAUAACAAAAUUGCCCUGAAAAACUGCGGCGGCAUCCCCGCGCUGGUGAGGCUGCUCCGCAAGACCACCGACCUGGAGAUCCGGGAGCUGGUCACAGGAGUCCUGUGGAACCUCUCGUCCUGCGACGCACUCAAGAUGCCCAUCAUCCAGGAUGCCCUGGCAGUGCUGACCAACGCGGUGAUCAUCCCACACUCGGGCUGGGAGAACUCGCCUCUGCAGGACGAUCGGAAAAUGCAGCUGCAUUCUUCACAGGUGCUGCGCAACGCCACCGGGUGCCUAAGGAAUGUGAGUUCAGCUGGAGAGGAGGCCCGCAGAAGGAUGCGGGAGUGCGACGGCCUCACAGAUGCCUUGCUGUAUGUGAUUCAGUCUGCGCUGGGGAGCAGUGAGAUCGAUAGCAAGACCGUUGAAAACUGUGUGUGCAUUUUAAGGAACCUCUCAUACCGGCUGGCAGCAGAAACGUCUCAGGGACAGCACAUGGGCACGGAUGAGCUGGAUGGGCUGCUCUGCGGUGAGGCCAACGGCAAGGAUGCGGAGAGCUCCGGGUGCUGGGGCAAGAAGAAGAAGAAGAAGAAGUCCCAAGACCAGUGGGAUGGAGUAGGACCUCUUCCAGACUGUGCAGAACCACCCAAAGGAAUCCAGAUGCUGUGGCACCCAUCAAUAGUCAAACCCUACCUCACACUGCUCUCUGAGUGCUCAAACCCAGACACGCUGGAGGGGGCAGCAGGCGCCCUGCAGAACUUGGCAGCAGGGAGCUGGAAGGGCUGGGCUGAGGAUGUGGCAGGCAUGGCGUAUGCCCUACGUUCUCUGCCAGAGGGGGCUCCCUGCCUGCCACAGUGGUCAGUAUACAUCCGAGCUGCUGUCCGAAAAGAGAAAGGCCUGCCCAUCCUCGUGGAGCUGCUCCGGAUAGACAAUGACCGUGUGGUGUGCGCAGUGGCCACCGCACUGCGGAACAUGGCCUUGGACGUCAGAAAUAAGGAACUCAUUGGCAAAUACGCCAUGCGAGACCUAGUCCACAGGCUCCCAGGUGGGAACAACAGCAACAAUGCAGCAAGCAAGGCCAUGUCGGAUGACACAGUGACAGCUGUCUGCUGCACCCUGCAUGAAGUGAUCACCAAGAACAUGGAGAACGCCAAGGCCUUACGGGAUGCUGGCGGCAUCGAGAAGUUGGUCGGCAUCUCCAAAAGCAAAGGAGAUAAACACUCUCCAAAAGUGGUCAAGGCUGCAUCUCAGGUCCUGAACAGCAUGUGGCAGUACCGGGAUCUGAGGAGUCUGUACAAGAAGGAUGGAUGGUCACAGUAUCACUUCGUAGCCUCGUCUUCGACCAUCGAGCGGGAUCGGCAAAGGCCCUACUCCUCCUCCCGCACGCCCUCCAUCUCCCCCGUGCGUGUGUCUCCCAACAACCGCUCAGCAAGUGCCCCAGCUUCACCUCGGGAAAUGAUCAGCCUCAAAGAAAGAAAAACAGAUUAUGAGUCCACUGGCAGCAAUGCCACAUACCACGGAACUAAAGGUGAACACACCUCCAGGAAAGACACCAUGACAGCUCAAAACACUGGAAUUUCAACUUUGUAUAGGAAUUCAUAUGGUGCACCCGCUGAAGACAUCAAACACAACCAGGUUUCAGCACAGCCCGUCCCCCAGGAGCCCAGCAGAAAAGACUACGAGCCCUACCAGCCGUUCCAGAACUCCACGAGGAAUUACGAUGAGUCCUUCUUCGAGGACCAGGUCCACCAUCGCCCGCCCGCCAGCGAGUACACCAUGCACCUGGGCCUCAAGUCCACCGGCAACUACGUUGACUUCUACUCAGCGGCCCGUCCCUACAGCGAACUGAACUAUGAAACGAGCCACUACCCGGCCUCCCCCGACUCCUGGGUGUGAGGAGCCACAGCCGAGGCCCCCGGGAACAGUGCAUGUGCAUGCAUACCACAAAACAUUUCUUUUUUUUCCCCCCCUGCAAAUUUAGUUUGUUAAAGCCUGUUCCAUAGGAAGGCUGUGAUAACCAGUAAGGAAAUAUUAAGAGCUAUUUUAGAAAGCUAACUGAGUCGAAAGUUAACUUGGAAAUCAGUAGAAAGCUAAAGCGAUCCUAAAUAUCACCGUGCGACACCUUUCUAGUUGGGGCUGUAGAGUAUUAAAAAGUGCUUUAUACUGAAUGUGGCUGAUGGAAGGAGCGAGCAGACAGCGGUCCAGGCGGCGGGGCGUGAGGGUUAUCAUGAAGCACAAGACAGACUAGUUCACACACCUUAUGGGGGACGGCUUCUCACGCUUUGUUUACUCUCAUCCGUUGUGACUCUAGGCUUCAAGUUGCAUUGGGGUUCCUCUGUACAGCAAGAUGUUUCUUGCCUUUUGUUAAUGCAUUGUUGUAAAGUAUUUGAUGUACAUUACAGAUUAAAGGAGAAGGGCAUCGUGUAUAUUACACCAAUGCCGCCGUGUUUCCUCAUCUAUGGUUCUAAAUAUUGCUUCGGUUUCAGACUUUUGAAAGAUGUAUGGAUUUCCAGUUUUUCUUUUCUUUCUCCCAGUACGUUUUAACAAAAAAAAAAGAAAAAAAAAGAAAAAAGAAAAAAAAAAAACAGGAAAAAAGGAAUAUAUAGCAGUAUUGUUCGUUCUGAUAUGUGAAUUUGUUUGUGGCAACUAAACAAGGCAUUCAGCAGUUUCUGACAGUUAACAUCCAUCAUUCCACACUCCUUGUCAACAAAGUGCUUUUUCACUGCCUACAAUUUUAGAUGUAGAUAUUUGAAAUAGAUUUUUUCAUUUAUACCAGUUUUCUUUAUGAUGAUACAGUGUUAAAAGAAAAUAAAUUACAAUUGAUCUGUCA